GCACAAGCAAGAAGACAGCAGUUUAACAGAUUUUUAGGUCCCUUUGAUGACGUUAUAACCAAGUUCUACUGUAUUUGCAAUCCAGUGGGAAGAUGGUGACCGAAGAAUGCUGGUCCCAAGACGCUCUAUAUACAAGCAUUUAUGACGUAAAUGAUAUUAAUUGACACAGUCCUGGUGAUGGCCGUUGAGGAAGACGGCGAGGAACGAGGAGGUGGAAGAUAGAACGAAAAGUAAACGAAAGAGAAGAAUAUGAAACAGUGUGAGAAGGCGAAAAGGAUUAUUAAGAAAGAGAAGCCGGAGAACGAAGAGGAUCAGAGAGAGAGAGAGAGGAAAAGGACGAAAACUAGAAGAAGACUCGGAAAAGGAAUACAAUGAGAACUCGAAGAAGGAGACUAGAUGGAAAAAGACAACGAUAGCUCUGUUGUGGAAGAGGAAAUUAUCCGAUGUAGUGUAUACACCCAAUUCAAAUCAAAGUGACUUGAUUGCUUGCGGCGUGGCGUAAGCGCGAAGAUUUCCGAAGUCAGCCGAGCUGUAUGCCAGUGUUAUAAGUGGCGAAGACUAGGGAGACAACAUUCAUACAGACUUCCGAGCUGUAGUGGGUCGGUAGUGGAACUUGGAGCUGCGCAUGUGCUGUGCCACACAACUCACGUGUUCGCUUGCGAGUGUUUUUCAAGUGGUGUGAUUCUACGCAGAAAGAAAAACAGAGAUAAUAAACAAACGUAAUAGUUUUAACAAAAUUUUAAAUUGUAAUAAACUGACUUGUAUCUUGUUCGCAUUAUUCUUAUAAUUCAUUUUAAUUAAAUAUGUGUACAGCGGACGAAAACAUGCAACCAUUUGAAGUGAUUAAAAAAUCACACAAAACAUUGAGACUUGGGUUACAGUGAGAAGCUACCUGCUCGAGUGUUAGAUUUAUUAUCUCUCGUUCUUUAUAUAAAUUUUUAUCAGUUCUUCAAGAAGGACAUCAGACUGAAGUGUUUUCUGUUCCAAUUUAUUUAUAAACCUCACGUACAGUCUAUUAUAUGUUUACUAUCUUAUUAUUUCUUUCUACAGUCCCGAAACAAAUAUAAAACAAGCAUUGACAUUAGCUUUAUUGCCUCUGUGUUUUUCUGGCUGUCGCCACCAGGGCGUAGCACAGUCAAGAGGUAAUCGAAUUUGGGUUUAUGUUUGAUAUUUCCAGUUAAUUAAAGUCCUAUUAUUGCCUAGUUACACACAGUAGACCUUUAUGAAAUGUUGUAUUCUACGGAACGAGUCUAGAAGAAGAAGCAAAGAUUAUAGAUACAAAAACAGUUGAAACAGCUCACGUGAACUUUUACUGUAGGAAGGAAUACUUGUGUGUGAGUGUAUCGAGUAGGCAGUGGAAUAAUAAAAAGAGGAAAAGAUAAUUAUUCUGCGUGUGUACGUGUGAGUGUUUUUUUUUUUUUGAGGGGGCAGUGAUUUGGGAGGAGGAGCUAUCAGCAUAAUCAUUCUAUAACUUGGUUUUUCCUUUUUUCGUUUUUUUUUUAUAUUGUGGCGUACGCCCCGUUUUCAUAUUACAUACGAUGGACCUGCGACAUGCUGCCGGCAGCCAAAGCCUACUGGAAUCAACAUAAUCAUAAACACCAUCAAGAAAACAAGGAAAAAGAAGACGACAUUCUGUAAUACCACUAGAUCCAGUGUUAUCUGAGCCAGGGCAGGACAAGGACAGCAGGACAAAGCAACGAAGUGGAAGAGGUUUAUGACCAAGCUCCACUGAGAAGGCAAGAGGAAAAGCAGUUCGGUGGAGACGAGAGUAAUGCAAGACUUUGUAGCUUCCCCACGCCAUUAGGGUCUCAGGCGGGAGGGGGCUUACGCUGUCAGAAGGAAAACCUGUGGGACUUCACUGAGAGGCGCCGCGAAUCCCCAGCACAAGCUGCAAGACGACCGUUGCUUCAUGCAUAUGGCGCAGUGGUGCGGGCGAACAGCACUGCUGGUGCAAGUAGCAUGGCUACUGGCUGUGAGCGUGUGUUCAUCACCGACGCCUUGGGAGCGCGCCAAUGCUUCCGGGGAACUCUUCGAGGGCAGGUCGCCUCAAGACUUGGGGUUACGUCCCGGAAAUCCGCUAGACGAACUACCUCCACCUGACUUGAUUGAGUCGCCCAACAAAAUGUUAGAUCCCAGGCCACAUGACCUGAACGCAACUGCCCUCAGACCCAUGCUAGGGCGCAACUUUGACCCUCAGUUCAUGAGCAUCACUCGACCCAGACACUCAAGCCACAACCAUUCGACUUCUAGCGGCAGUGACUUAGUCGAAUUCCCAUUUCGACAAAACAAACGAGGGCGCCUGGUACCAGUAGCAGACAUGCCACGUUCUUUGCGCAAAAUGAACUUCAAGUACAUCAGACUGCCAGACGACUCGCGACUGCGUACUCGCAUUUCUGCCAAACUGAAGAAGAAAAUGCAGCAGUUCCUGUGGGCCUUCACUGCCUGCCCCAUUGUGUACAAAUGGAAGGACCUGGGGAUCAGAUUCUGGCCUCGAUACCUGAAGGAAGGACAUUGUCCAGCAGGAAAAGCGUCGUGUUCUAUUCCUCCGGGUAUGAAGUGUCGGCCUGCAGGCAAGGCUCAUAAGACGCUCCUCAGGUGGCACUGCCCUCAGUAUCCUCACCACCACCAUCACAAUUCCGGUGGCAGCAGUGGAAAUCGUCACUGGAAUCUUCUGUAUUCAUCUUCCUCAACACUGAGUGCCACAGUAGAGCCCAGAAUUGCAGACAAUGGCAUGCAGAGCCUUUCAAACAGUGGGCACAUAAAUAAGCAACAUUGUCACUGGAUCAAAGUGGAGUAUCCGAUUGUGACGCAGUGUUCGUGUUCCUGCCCCACAGUUGGCAGCACUUAUUCGUAAACUGAUAGUUACAGGCAUGCAAACGUGCUUCCAUUUGGACACCUUCUGCUCGAAACUAUUCUUGAGGUAAUGAUUUUGAAGUCCUUGGGCUUAAGAACCCUAGUGUGAUGCCACGGACUCGGCAUGUUUGGUAAAUCCUUCACAGUGCUCCAAAUCCUGGAGUUCAUAUAAACGAAACUGGUCGCCAUACGUUUCCAAACCAAGUUGAAGACCAAAAUUUUAUUUAUUUUAUCAGCUGAAUAACACUCAUAAAUGAUGCUUCGAAAAAAAAAACAGAUUUCUUGUUAAUUUAUACAAGAAUAUUCGUUUAACGUGGACACUUAAAUAUGCAGAAUUGUUUGAAAACAAAAAUGAAACUAAUGAAACUCCGCUGGGGCGUUAUGAUGGACGGUGAAUACCUCAGGAAUUAUUAACGUCUCAAGAAGGAAGACGGAAACCAUGACUCUUGGCCGAUGAGGAACUGGUGCUGAAAUAAAUAACAGAAACGUGUAUCUUCAAAUUUUAUCAGUGGGACUUCCAUACGUGACGUACCUGUUGAAAUUUUGUAGUUACUAACGACAAACACGGUUCCACGAGCGGAUAAUUAAUAUAUUUUUUUAUUGCUAGUGGGGUGAGACUAAGUCCCUUGUGUUGCGGCCACUUCUGGCCUAUUGUAC